GAGGAGCCUCGGCUGUCGGGGCGCCUGGUAUGAACUUAGUCGGCAGCAGCAGCAUCGAAGGCAGCGGCGGCGGCGGCAUGAGCUCGGUGAGCUGCGGCAACGGGAAACUCCGCCAGUGGCUGAUCGAGCAGAUCGACAGCGCCAAAUACCCGGGCUUGAUAUGGGAGAACGAGGAGAAGAGCAUCUUCCGCAUCCCCUGGAAGCACGCGGGCAAACAGGACUACAACCGCGAGGAAGACGCCGCGCUCUUCAAGGCCUGGGCUCUGUUUAAAGGGAAGUUCAAAGAAGGCAUUGAUAAGCCAGAUCCUCCCACUUGGAAGACAAGACUGCGUUGUGCUUUGAACAAGAGCAAUGAUUUUGAAGAACUGGUUGAAAGAAGCCAACUGGACAUAUCCGAUCCGUAUAAAGUAUAUAAAAUAGUACCAGAAGGAGCCAAAAAAGGAUCAAAACAACUUUGCAUGGAGGAUCCACAGAUGAUUGUGAAUAACGCCUUCACUCUGAAUUCACCAUAUUCUGCACUACAGCCUCAGCAAGUUCCAAACUACAUGGUACCACAUGACCGUAACUGGAGGGAUUACGUACCGGAGCAGUCCCAUCCUGAUCUUUCAUACCAGUGUACAAGUGUCUCUUUCCCACCUCGGAAUCAUCACUGGCAAAGCCCAUCAUGUCAGAAUGGUUGUCAAGUCACUGGGACCUUUUAUGCUUGUGCACCACCGGAGACCCAGACUUCUGGAAUCCCAAUGGAGGCAAACAUCAGAUCUAGUGAAGCUCUUCCCUUGUCGUCAGAUUGUCGACUGCACAUCUGUUUGUAUUAUCAUGAAACUCUUGUAAAAGAAGUCACAACCUCAAGUCCGGAGGGCUGUAGGAUAUCUCACGGUCAUAGCUACGAGCUCUCCGGCAUGGACCAAGUAAUGUUCCCUGAUCCAGAAGAUCAUUACCAGAGGAAAACAACUGAAAAAUUGCUUUCUCACCUGGAAAGAGGAGUAAUACUCUGGAUGACCCACGACGGCCUCUAUGCUAAGAGACUUUGCCAAAGCAGGAUAUAUUGGGAUGGGCCUCUGGCGUUUUGCAAUGACCGGCCUAAUAAGCUGGAAAGAGAGCAGACCUGCAAGCUUUUUGACACUCAGAAAUUUUUAUCAGAACUACAAAUAUUUUCCCACCAUGGACGUCCAUUGCCUAGAUUCCAGAUUGUGUUAAGUUUUGGAGAAGAGUAUCCUGAUCCACAAAGACAUAGAAAACAAAUUACAGCCCAUGUUGAACCAGUGUUUGCUAGGCAGCUGUAUUAUUUUGCUCAACAAAACACCGGACCAUUUCUGAGAGGCUACGAUAUAUCAGAACAGAUCACCACUUCGGAAGAUUACCAUAGAUCCAUCCACCAUUCCUCUGUUCAGGAAUAAACACAGGAGCACUGAAAUUUAAACUACAUUUUGAGAGGUAAAAGGAUGCAAAUCAGUGCUUCGAAUUUUCCCGAGAAAUCACCACCAACUGGAAAUAUACAUGGGAAUGGAUACAGUCAACGUAAGAAUCUAGAAUCCUGAAUGAGAGUUCUUCCAUGCUUUCGGACAGCUGUCCUCUGCUUGUGGGAUUAAUGACAAAUGGCUGAUAUGUUUACAUGUUCUUAAAUAAGGACAGUGUCUUAGAGACAACCUGAAAUUUUUUCAAGCCUCUUGUUAUUUAUUUGAUUUGGAAUCUCAGGGCAGGGAAUUCUAAACCUAACCAACAGUUUACGAUGGUGUAAGGCCAUAAGAAUGCAUGCAAUUCAUAAAAACGAGAUAAGUAUGUUAUUUGUUUUUUUGAAAAGCUUCAAACAAAUCAAAAUGUUGAAUGCUGUGUGUGUAGAAAAUUUAAUUUCAGGGUUUUAUUUUUUUCUCAUGAAUUUUCAAAAAGCUGUUUCUGUGCUGCUGUUUCCGAAACGCGCAUGAAUACUAAAUUCUGUGGAGUCUUAUCAGAAAUCUUCCCAGGACAACACAUUAUAUAAUUGUCCAAUAUUUAUAUCAUUAUAUAGUUUAAUUUGUAUUAAAUUCAAUAGGUUAAGUUUAUUCAUAGCAACUAUUACAUUGAGGUUUCAUUUCUAUAUACCCUGUUUCCCCGAAAAUAAUCCCUUCCUGAAAAUAAGGCCAAGUGCUUA